AUGAUACUACGACACCAAAAAAUCGGUGGACCGGGGUUAAUUGUUGAAAUUGAUGAAUCCAAAUUCGGAAGGCGAAAAUACCACAGAGGACAUCGCGUUGAAGGCCAGUGGGUAUUUGGUGGAGUUGAACGCGAAACGGGUCGUUGUUUUCUCGUACCGGUAGAGAAGCGUGACAAAGACACGUUACUCACUAUUAUUAAAGAAUGGAUUUUGCCAGGAACAUUAAUAAUCAGUGAUUGGAAGAGUUAUAACUGUUUAAAAGACGAAGGGUAUAGUCAUUUGACAGUUAACCAUUCCAUAGAGUUUAAGAACCCGGAAAAUGGCGCACACACCAAUAACGUCGAAGGAAUGUGGCGUCAUGCUAAAGCUUCCAUGACACAGUACUCCAGGAAAAAACAUUUUUAUGCAGGUUAUUUGGCCAAAUAUAUGUUCCUAAAGGUUUGUCGUUCUUCGGGCCUAAACCCUUUGGUUGAAUUUUUCAAACUUGCGGCACAAGUGUAUGACCCAAAUGGGCAAACUUUAGACACAUAA